CAAUCUGCAUUGAGAGAAAUAGAUACAGUCCGGGUCCUAUUUAAAGGGGAAGCACUGGGCACCCCGGAGUCAUAUCCAGCUUUAUAAACAAAGGCGAAGCAAGGAUUGCGGGAGAAGCCUCCUCAGCAAAUAUGGUGUCGCCGGUGACAGUGGUGAAGAGUGAAGGCCCGAAGCUUGUCCCCUUCUUCAAAGCCACUUGCGUCUAUUUCGUCCUCUGGCUGCCCACCUCCAGCCCCUCCUGGUUCAGUGCCCUCAUCAAGUGUCUGCCCAUCUUCUGCUUAUGGGUUUUCCUGCUGGCGCACGGGAUCAAUUUCCUGACGGCCCAUCGCAGCGCCUGCAUAAUCCUAGCCGGUUUGAUAUUCUCAGCUAUAGGAGAUGCUUUCCUCAUCUGGCAAGAGCAAGGCUACUUCGUUCACGGUUUGCUGAUGUUUGCCAUCACGCACAUCUUGUAUUCUUCCGCAUUUGGGAUGAAGCCUCUAGAUCUGAAAGCUGGUCUGGUGAUGACUUUGGUGUCCAGUUUCUCCUACACUUUCCUGUACUACUACCUCUCUGGCCCCUUCACCUACCUAGUAGCCGUCUACACUGCCUUGAUUGGCUUCAUGGGCUGGCGGGCCGUGGCUGGCGUGCAGCUGUGCAACGACCUGUGGACUUGGACCAAGCUCUCGGCUUGCAUUGGCUCAAUGCUCUUCAUUGUGUCUGACCUGACCAUCGCCGUCAACAAGUUCUGCUUCCCUGUGCCCUACUCGCGGGUCAUCAUCAUGGCCACGUACUAUGCAGCCCAGAUGCUCAUUGCACUUUCUGCGGUGGAAAGCAGGGACGAAGACAUCUUCAGGAAGAGGAAGUAGACGGGGGUGCCAGCAGGCUCUCAAACUCUGCUGGGAGUGCUGUAACUGCAAUUCAUCCCGGAGGAGAGUUUUGACUCUAGGUGAACCGGUGAUUGCAGAUCUUGCUUCAUCGAAGCAUUAUCUUUAGUGUUUAGCUGGCUCUUCUCCAGUCCAGUUUGCCGGAGCCUAGAAGCCACACUGGAAGUUUAGUUCACACAGAACCAACUAUCUGACCUUUUCCUCUCUCUCUCUCUCUCUCUCUCUCUCUCUCUCUCUCUCUCUCUCUCUCUCUCUCUCUCUCUCGCAUCUUGGAAGUUUCAUGGGAGGGAGGGCCUCUCUAACUACUUCAUUGUGUUUGUAUAAUACUGGAGCUGAUGCUGAACAUUCCAGAAGGAGAAGAUUCAUUUCAGGACAGCGUUUCAAAAGAAGGAAAGGGUAGGCAGUGCAUUGGCGUUUAAGAGCCUUGCCUUCAACACUCUGAAUGUGCAAAAGUCAUGUGAAAAUGACCCUUGGUGCUGUGUGACCAAGCCCCGUUUUGCGUGCAUUACAGUACAACUGUGAAACAAUUGUGUGUCUACACAAGGAACCCCCAGGGCCCAAACGCUACAACAGGACCUGGGAGCACUUUGUGGGAGUUUAUGUAGGUCGCAAAGCUUGGGCUGCCCCUGCGAGAAACCAGCCUGAAGUCCAGAUUCAUUGCAACCAUUUUAUUUAUGGGCCAUUCAAAGCCUUUCUUCUGAAUGUGAAUCCUGCAGAGCCCAUGUUGUUCUGCAGGCUUAAAAGCAACAACAAAAUGCAACCAUUUUCUCAGGCUUG